UCGGUGGUGGUGAAGUAAUACCAAAAGACUAUAUUGAAUGAAGUAAACUACUUGUGCUCUGUCCCACUACUGACUGACUUAACUUUGAAUUGCAUAAUAUUUGUUCUCUGCUGUGUGUGCAUGGGGAUUGUUGCAAUAAGAGGAGUGCGUAAGUGGCUUCCCUUCUUGGUGGUGCAGUCGUGGUGGUGGUGUUUCGAGUCGUAAAGGGAAUGCACAGGGAGCAUAGGAGGCCUGCUACGAGACCAAAUUCGCUUCCUCUUCCUCUUCUCCAUCACUUUCUCUCUCCUCGCAUCCCAGCGACCCCACUUCCCCCUCGAAAUACUGGGUCCUCUACGCCCCGCAACAACGCCCCGUGAACAAUAGGGGGGUCAACGUACGUCCCCGUCUGCUGAGGGGUGGUGAUAAGUUAGUGACAUAACCAUCAGCCUCAUCAUCAUGAGCUCGUCACCAACCCCCUCGAACGAGUCGCUGGGUGGGGGCAGUGGUGGUGGAGGUCACCACCUCCCUGUGGGAGUUUUGUUGGGGUCACUCAUGGUGGAGCCGGAGGUGGGAGGAGGUUUGCUACAGUCCAGCUCCAGCUCGUCGACUUGCAGUUCGUCCAUCGCCGCGGUGAUGCGGCCUGCGGGGUUGUCAUCGUCAUUUUUGGGCCCGAUUGGAGGACCUCCAAGCAGUCAGUGUAGUGGGGGCAGCAGUGGAGAUUCUAACAGGCCGCUGUCACCUCCAGCUGGAGUGGGUGUUGGGGUCAUCAAGUGUAAGGUUUGUGAUGAGACGUUCCAGAGGCCGAAAGUUCUCCCAUGUUUGCACACCUUUUGUGAGGAUUGUCUUGAAAAGAGUUUUGAGGAUGACCAUAUUACUUGUCCUACGUGCCGGAUGGAGUGUCAACUCAGUGCACAGGGGGUGGCAGGCUUGCUUCCAGAUUAUGGGGUGAGCAACUUGAUUGAGGUGACUCAGAUUGGAGAGGAUGAAAAUGGAAACAAAUGUACUGGAUGCAAGUCAGGAGAGUCCAUGGCCGUGGCUCGGUGCUACGAUUGUUCCAAUUAUUUGUGCUCUAACUGCGUUAUGGCUCAUCAAUUUAUGCACUGUUUCGAAGGUCAUCGCUUGAUUUUCAACAGCACUGAGGCGUACCCAGAGCCGGUGGUCAAAACCCAUGUGCCUUGCACCCAGCACACUGAGGAAACUUUACAGUUUUAUUGCCGAACUUGUGCAAUUCCAACUUGUAUUGAAUGUAUUGAUGCAGAACAUCCAAAAUCGCAUCAUGAACUUGAAGUAUUAUCUGACUGUGAAACCAAUUAUGUAAAGAACUUGGCCCAAUAUGUACAUGAGUUCCGUCUCCGCUCUCUGGAUCUACACGAAGUUUUAAAGUCGUUUGAGUCUGCCAACUUUAGGCUGCAAAAUCAAUAUGCAAAAGCACAAACAGAGAUUUCUGAAGCAUUUACAUUCUACCAAAAUGUGUUGAACGAACGAAAAAAUGAACUGACCAGGGAGUUGGAAAGCAUAUACAUUUCACGUCAGGUCGCUUUGUCAGUUAUCACUCAACGAGUUCAAGAGACAUUGGAUCGUAUGUAUCAGACGAUUGAUUUUAGCGAUCGUCUACUCCGUCAUGCAUCACCUCCACAAAUUCUGGUAUUCAAAACCCUUUUGGAGACACGAUUCCAGGCGUUGUGGGGAACCGUUCCUGACCCCAAUUUGGCCAAAACUGCUGCCAGUGGUGGUGAUGUGGAGUUUAGUUCAAACUACUCUGCAAUGCAGACUGCUGUGCGCAAUACAUUAGGAUACAUAAGGUCUUCAUCUGCAUCUGAAAUCGUUUCUUCCUUCAACAAAUCUGCAAUAACUCGUCCGUCUGUGAACAAACCAAAUUCUAUGUCCCUCUCUGGUCAGGACGCUAAUCUAAACUCGUGCAAUGCUGUUCUUCACAAUUCUGCUGGUAUAAAUAACCAUGUUGAGUUGUGUCAACCCAUCAACAAAGUCGUGGACAUCAAUGGUGGACCUACGCUGGGCCCUGGAUUCAACUCGGGUGGCAUUUUAUCCUAUGAGAAAUGGUCAAGUGCAGGGGAUGGGAUUUCACUCUCAGGGCAAACUGAUUUCAUGCUGGAUAACACCAAUGACUUUUUCUCUACAAAAUCCUUGGUCACUUCGGACUCUGUCUUAGAACAACUCACGUCAAAGUUGAUGACUCCACUCAAUAUAAAAGGACCCACCAUUAAGCGUCACAAGAUGAUUUAUCACUGCAAAUUUGGAGAGUUUGGGACGGGAGAGGCCCAGUUUACUGAACCUUCAGGAGUAUCCGUUUCAGGAAAUAAUGAAAUAGUUGUCGCGGACACUAAUAACCACCGUAUUCAGAUAUUUGACCAAGAAGGCCGCUUUAAAUUUCAAUUUGGCGAAUGCGGAAAACGAGAUGGCCAAUUAUUGUAUCCUAACCGAGUUUCAGUAGUAAAAUUAACUGGUGACAUCGUGGUUACAGAACGCUCUCCAACACACCAAAUCCAGAUUUACAAUCAGUAUGGCCAAUUUGUACGCAAAUUUGGAGCAAAUGUACUGCAACACCCUCGCGGCGUCACAGUGGACAACAAAGGACGUGUUGUUGUUGUAGAGUGCAAGGUUAUGCGAGUCGUAAUAUUUGAUCAACUUGGAUCUGUUCUUAAUAAAUUUGGAUGUUCAAAGCAUUUGGAAUUUCCAAACGGAGUGGUUGUGAAUGAUCGAGAGGAAAUAUUCAUAUCAGACAACCGUGCUCAUUGUGUCAAAGUUUUUAACUAUGAAGGUGUUUUUCUACGGCAAAUUGGCGGAGAAGGAAUUACCAACUACCCGAUCGGAGUUGGGAUAAAUUCUAAGGGAGAAAUUUUGGUUGCAGACAACCACAAUAAUUUCAAUUUAACCAUAUUUACUCAAGAUGGACAAUUAGUGUCCGCAUUGGAAUCGAAAGUUAAGCAUGCCCAAUGCUUUGAUGUUGCGUUGAUGGAUGAUGGUUCCGUAGUGUUAGCUUCAAAGGAUUAUCGUCUCUACGUUUAUCGUUAUACUCAGACUGCACUUGGACUCUAGUUUAUACCCCUCGUAAUAAUAAUAUUUCCUAUACAGUAUAUAUAGUGUGCUCGUGAUAUCCAAUUUUUAUUAAAAACUCGUCAUUGUCCAAAGUUUUUUCUUGUCUCUUGCGUCUUCGUGGCAAUCUAAAAUAUAUAAAUACUCGAUUAAUCCUCCUCCUCAAAUAAUAAAUGUUCCGAAAACAAUAGUAAUUUAGAAAGUAAUAUUUUUAUACCAAAUACUCGUACGAGGUUUAUUUUUUAUUUUUAUACAGUGUUUGUUAUGUCAAAGUUCGUUGAUAGAAUAAAGAUCGUGCCUGUUACUUGAAUCUCAUAAUGAAACAAAAAAACCAUUUUUGUACCUAUAUAAUAAUAAUAUAAUAAUAAUAAUAGAUUUACUCAGCACUCGAAUUAGUCAAUGAUUUACAAGAAUGAUCAAACCCUAUCUGGUAGGAAAUAACUUGAUCAUCUACGCUAUUCAGAAUUACCAUGCUCAUCGUAAGUAAAUACAAAAAUAUUGUUCUACAAAUA